GGGCUGCGGCGAUGGCUGCCGCCUGGCCCUGGCUGCUGCUGUGGCUGGGGGCGGCCGCCCUGCGCGCCCUCCCGGCCCCGCCGCGCAUCCGCCUGCCGCUGCGCAGCGGCGCCGCCCCGCCGCCCGGGCCCCGGGCGCGCCGGGCUCCCGACGAGGCCGAGCGGGGCGGCAGCUUCGUGGAGAUGAUCGACAACCUGCGCGGCAAGUCCGGGCAGGGCUACUACGUGGAGAUGACGGUGGGCAGCCCUCCGCAGAAGCUGAACAUCCUGGUGGACACGGGCAGCAGCAACUUCGCAGUGGGAGCCGCGCCUCACCCCUUCCUCCGCAGAUACUACCAGCGGCAGCUGUCCAGCACCUACCGCGACCUGCGGAAGGGCGUGUACGUGCCCUACACCCAGGGCAAGUGGGAAGGGGAACUGGGCACCGACCUGGUCACCAUCCCCCAUGGCCCCAACGUCACCGUCAGAGCCAACAUCGCCGCCAUCACUGAGUCGGACAAGUUCUUCAUCAACGGCUCCAACUGGGAAGGGAUCCUGGGGCUGGCGUACGCCGAGAUCGCCCGGCCCGACGACAGCCUGGAGCCCUUCUUUGACUCCUUGGUGAAGCAGACUCGAGUGCCCAACAUCUUCUCCCUCCAGCUUUGCGGGGCAGGCUUCUCGCCCAACGAGACGGAGGCGCUGGCGUCGGUGGGAGGCAGCAUGAUCAUCGGCGGCAUCGACCGCUCGCUGUACGUGGGUGACAUCUGGUACACGCCCAUCCGGAAGGAGUGGUACUACGAGGUCAUCAUCGUCCGGCUGGAGGUCAACGGGCAGGACCUCAACAUGGACUGCAAAGAGUACAACUAUGACAAGAGCAUCGUGGACAGCGGGACCACCAACCUCCGGCUGCCGAAGAAGGUGUUUGAGGCUGCGGUGAAGUCCAUCAAAACGGCUUCUUCGACAGAGAAGUUCCCAGACGGCUUCUGGCUGGGGGAGCAGCUGGUUUGCUGGCAGGUCGGCACCACCCCCUGGCACAUCUUCCCGGUCCUGUCCCUCUACCUGAUGGGGGAGGCCACCAACCAGUCCUUCCGGAUCACCAUCCUGCCCCAGCAAUACCUGCGGCCCGUGGAGGACGUGGCCACCUCUCAGGACGACUGCUACAAGUUCGCCAUCUCCCAGUCCUCCACUGGCACCGUGAUGGGUGCUGUUAUCAUGGAGGGCUUCUACGUGGUCUUUGACCGUGCCCGCAAGCGCAUCGGCUUCGCCGUCAGCGCCUGCCACGUGCAUGAUGAGUUUCGGACGGCGGCGGUGGAGGGGCCCUACCUGCACUCCAACAUGGAGGACUGCGGCUACAACAUCCCGCAGACGGACGAGUCCACGCUGAUGACCAUCGCCUACGUCAUGGCGGCCAUCUGCGCCCUCUUCAUGCUGCCCCUCUGCCUCAUGGUGUUCCAGUGGCGCUGCUUCCGCUGCCUGCGCCGCGACCACGACGACUUUGCCGACGACAUAUCCUUGCUGAAGUGACGGCGGAGCACGGGGGCCGCGGGGGAGGCGCCGGGGCAGGGAGAGGUAGGUCCUUUCUCCAGGGGCUGGAACGUGGCGGCGGAGCGGCAGCACGGGGAGCUCAGCGCCUUGGCACGGGCCGGGCUGGCCACGGGGCACUCGGUGCCCUUGGCGGCUGCAGGAGCCCUGUUGGGCCUGGGCUGGCUGGGUCCUACCGUAAGAGCGUGGUGGCAGCGGAGGGGGGCGGGAGCGCAGUGACCGCAGCCCAGGGGCUUUGGGCAGCCUCUCUGCUCCAGCCCCAGGCCAAGCUGUCCCAGGCUCUCCUGCCCAGCCCCGCCAGGCUCCACAGAGCCAGGCUGCCCGUCCCCAUCCCUGCACAGCUGCCCUUCUCGCCCCAGCCCAGGAGGGAAGCCAUGUCUUCCCUGCCUGUCCUAGCUCACAGCUCCAGAGCCUCCCAGCCCCAGCCUUUCCAGAGAUGGCCAUGCAGGACCAGCCUGGGGCUGCCUAUCCAUUCUUCUCCCCCUCCCAUUUCCCCUGUCCUCCCACAUUGCCCAGCUGCCACCAGCCCCACGACUCCCUGUGUGCACCCUGCCCAGCCAGCACAGGCAGGAGGAAGCACACAUCCUCUCCCCACUCCUCUUUCACUCCCCACAUCCCCUUUAGGGCUGGAAAGGGCCUCCGCUCCCUUCCAGCACCAGCAGCCCCUGCCACGGCAAAGCCAGUGGCUGCCGCCCUCCUGCCCCGGGAAAGCGGCAAAACCCCAUGUGGCAGCGGGGAGGGAAGGAGAGCUGUGUGCCAGGAGAGCAUGAAGCACCCAGCCCCGGUGCCAGCCACUCCCCAGCCCCGGGUGCUCCCCAGCCCCGCCACCCCUCCGAAAGCCAUAGGGGAGCCGGCGCCGGGCUCGCCGGCCCCCGCUGCAGCCCCUGCCUCUGCAUGGGCGCAGCCUGAGCCCCCCCAAGGCAGCAGCUCGGGGGCCUGAAGCAUCCUCUCUUUUUUAAAGACAUGGUUGUAUUUGUUUCAGGUGGGUUUGUGUUUUGCAAGGCCAGUGAGGGUGCGGCGGUGCAGCUGCACAGCCGCAGAGCGUGCAGAGAGCGGGGCCCGUGCCACGGCCGCGCCGCAGCUCCGCCUGCCUCUGGCUUGAAUUCUAGCGCCGAAAGCCACUCUGAACCCAACGGUAGGGGGGUUGGGCCGGGUUUGUUCUCGUUUUUUGGGGGGAUUUUAAAUAGUUUUAGCCCCCUGCUCAGGCCUGGGGCCCUGGGCACAACCGAGGCUGUCAGCAGCACGCACGGGCGGCGGCAGUACCGGGGGCUGCCAGGGGAGGGCAGCACCGCAGCAGGGGCCAGGCCCCAAGGACACCCAGCGCAGGAGGCACUUUUGUCCUCAUCCUGUUCCUACAGCAAAGGGAGGAUUGUCCGCUACGCCAGGACCACCCUCCCCUUCUCCCCACCGCCGCAGCUCGCCCAGCCCCAGGGACAGGGGCCUGCCUCUGCCCCACCGUGCCCCCUCCCCGGGGCAGACGCCCUGGAGCUUGCAGGCAGCUGCUGAUGCUCCAUUCCCCGGCUCCUCUGCCGCCAGCUCGGACGGGAAUGUGCUCGUUUUGAACUGCUCAAGUUUGCUAAUGAGAAGGUAACGAACGUUCCCCGCGGCGUCGGGGCGAGCAGGCGGCGCCUUGCCGGAGGCACACACAGGGCUGCGGCCACCGCCACAGGUAACGCUCCUCAGCCCCAGCCUGCACCGAGAGCUCCUCUGAGAAAGCAGCGAGGGGGCCGGAGGAGGAAGGGCACACAGGGCAGGAGAGGAGAGGCAGCCCGAGCCCUGGCACCACCACAACAGCCCCUCAAGCUCCCUCCGCUCGCCAGCGGCAGCCGGCCCCGUGCCUGGCUCCAGAGCCCACGCAGGCCUGCUGGCCGUGCCCCCGCCCGCCCCUGAGCCCCCAGCCCAGAGCCUGUUGUGGCCUUAAGGCACGCCAGCAGCGCGUGCGUGUGCGGAGCAAGCUUGGGUUGUGUCCCGCGGCACCGGCGCCCCGGCCACGCCAAACCUGUGCCACAGACUGCAAAGAAGAGAGGAAAAGAAUUCUAUGGAGUAAGUACAAGAUUUUAAGCGGUGCUGAGCACCUCGUCACCCCAUGGAAACCCACAGAGGACGGGCUGGUGCGUGAGCCCGGGCCUCAGGAGAGGGGAAGGCAGGAGCUGCGCCAGGCUGGUUCUCCCGCGGCUGUCGCUGGCGCCUCCAGUACUCUGUAACCCACUGUCUGUGUCAGAACGAUGAAUGUCAACACGGUAAAUUAUUAUUACAUUAAAAAAAGACCACAACAAACGCUGCUCCUCCUCCUCCACACCCCGGUGAGCGCCGAGAGGGGCAGGCUGGGCGAGGGGCCUGAGGCAGCCAGGCGCUCCCAGCCCAAGGAGCCGCUGGAAGGAGCCACGCGGGGAGAGGGAGAGAGGCAGGGCGAAGGCAGCCAGCCCCCAAAAUAAGGAGCAGCAGCAAAUGGCUGCAUAAUAUACACACUUUAUUUAUGAACUCGUAUGUAUACAGACUUUCUAUACACACAUUACCUAUAGAAUAAAAAUGUACAUGUGUAUACAUGGUCGUAUAAAUAUAGAACUGUAGAAAUCU